AUGAUUACGGAUCGUUCAGCAAGUACUGAGGACCAUAAAGUCAACAAAAAAAAGAGCAAAUAUAACUCACAUGAGGUAGAUAAUGGUAUACUCGAUAGUCUAGAAGCUAUUUUGAAAACUUUGGAAGAUCAGUCAGAAUCUAAAGACUUUAAUGACAUUAUUCAGUUUUUCAGAAAAGGGUUUAGCAGCCAAAUUAUUCAAUCAUGGUCUUAUUAUGCGGAAACCAACAAUCAUUACAAAUUUGCGCAGAGUACAAAUAUGCUUUACAGGACAUUGCUGGUGUUAAACUCCGAUGCAAGUCUUAUAGAAUUUGGCAAUAGUAUGAUCAAGCUAUUUCUCUCCAGUUACACAAAAGUUUUUUAUAGAGGUAUCAAUAACUCUCGUAGACAAAUUACAAUUCCCAUUCUCAAAUUAAUGAAAGAAAUGAUUCUUUUCGACAAUUCAAGACACAUUGAAGAUUUUAUUGCCUACUUUGAUCUAAGUCUCUCAGGUAUUCCAAGGAUUUUAACACCAACCAAAUCAGAAUUAGAAGGGCUGAGGGAUAAAAAGGAAAGGCAAGAUAAAUCAAUCAGAUGUUUUUUUCUCGAAUUCUGGAUGAUUUUAAUCAAAGGUACUCCCUCCCUCCUAAGAAAAGAUUUAUUAACUAGCAAUUUCAAGAUAAUGGGUGCCUGGUUCAAAUAUAUGGAUAAAGUGGACUCUGUUGAGACAGUGCAGGAGACCAUGACAGUUUUCGUUGACAAUAUUCUCAAAGAAAAAUUAUUCAAAAAGAUGACCAAAACCAAAAUUCUAAAUGAAUUGGCUCUCUCUAAGAUUCAUUCUUUUUACAAUUCUCAAAAUAAAGAGCUAGUUAAGAAGGUGAAUGACUUUUUCGUGUUAUACGGAAGUGUUCCAGAAACAUCUGUCGCAUUUCCAGAUAGCUGCGUCUGGUAUAAAGAAUCCCCAGAGAGUCAUGUCAAUACGGGUGCUUUAGUAAAGAUAAAUCAAAAAGAGUUUCAAAUACAUAACAAAUUACUGUUCAACAUGCUAAGAAUGUUCAAACCAUGGGAGGACGAUAUGCAAUCGUCGACAGUUAUCAAAGUUCUUGCAGCAGUUCCAGAAUUAGUUGCCCCAUACUGCACAUAUUUGUCCUCAUUAGGUCCCCAUGAUCCAAGAGUAACUUCUUAUUGGAUAGGUUCUACAUUAUUGCUUGGCAGAAUCAUAAGGUUAGAUAUACCAGAAUUCAUGGAAAAAAUAGACGUGGACAUAGUUCCUUCCAGAGAUUUAGUAAUUGAGAAUAUUUUCCCAUCUAUAUUGACAAAGAGUGCCUUAACCAAAUGUCUUCAACAUGAAUCUUUGCUUAUAAGACAAUUAUGCUGUCAAUUAAUUAUAUUUGGCUUCCAAAAAUUUGAAAAAGUAUUGGCACUCUAUGAUCGUAAAGGAUGGAUAUCUGCCAAAGCUAUACUAAGCAACUCAUUUUUGGAAAACCUCCCAGAUUUAAACGUCUUCGCUACAGCAUUAGCUCAGGUGCAUGAGAACAACAAAGAAAAUAAGAUAUUACCACUGUCUAUAACUAUGAUACUAAAAUAUUUUAGUACAAGCUUCCCAAAUUAUUUUUCUGUGACGUUACCAUCUUCUAAUAUUUACAUUGAUAUCAUGCAGAUGGACUCGUUAUCCGGUCUUAAUCUAGCUAUGCUAGACAAUUUCUUACAAUUUCAAGAGUUCAACGACAGUCAAAGUAAAUGGUGGAACUCUUCAAAGGGUGAUAACUCGCUAUUUAGUUCGCUUUUGAAAUUUGCCUCUUCUAGCAACUCUUCAAAUGUAACUUCCUUUAAAAUAAGCACUCUGCUAGAUCGCCUAUUACAUGGUACGGCAAUAUUCAGUUCUGAUCUCACCGCAUCUCCAAUAAUGGCUAUAAUAAAUAGUUUGCAGGUCAUUAUGUCCAUGACGACAGAGGAAGAACCUGUAGAUCUAAAAUGUCUCUGGGAUUUACUUGACCAAAGUAUUUCUCGUUGCAUAAGGGCACCUUACAAAUAUGUUGAUAUGGCUCAGAAUUUUGAAAAUAUAUCUCCAUUUAUCAUGGUUAUAGCUGAACAGUGGAAAUAUGUUGAGAAGAAGGCAGGCGAGCCUUUUGACUUAUUAUCUAAAUGGAUAUGUAUAUUCUUAAGGAACAUGCAUAUAAUUGGAGAACCAUAUCGUAGCAUUAAAAAACUCUUUAGUGAGUUUUUGGAAGGCGUAUCCAAGGAAGAUAUUGAAGCAUCUCUGAACUUCGAGGAAUUUGAAAACUCCACUAUGAAUAAUGAGGAACCGCUACUGAAUUCAAUUGUCGCCUCAUCAUUUUUCCAAUUUAUUACCAAGCUGCCAUUUCAAAAAAUGAGCACCGUCUCAAGAGUCCCAGUUAAUGAAUUGGAUUUAGCCGGUUUAUUAUUCAGACUCGUAGCCUCAUUGGAAGAUCAGUCGAUAUCAUUUACGAAGGAAUUUAAAACAAGUAUCAUUGAGCUUCUUUCCAAGGUUGCUGUAUAUAGCUUAUCUCAGGAAUCUCCUACGUUUAUGAUCCCCAGAAUUUACAAGGAUAUCUUCAGGAAUGUUGAUGGUAGUGAUAACUUAAUCGAUCAAAAGAGUACAUUUGUUGCACAAAACUUAAUGUACGUUUACAAGGAUGUGUACAAAACUAUAGAUAAAGACGUGGAAGCAUUCUUAUUUAAUUGGUUACUGGAGAGAAAGGAGAAAGGUCAUCUUUUCGACCAUAACCUAGUCAGUAGUGUUUGUGGCUGUCUAAAUGAAUCCCACGUUAUGAAACUACUCGAGAGUAAAUUUCCUUUCACUCAAGAAACAUUAGUUUCCAUUUUUACCCAAUUGUUCGAAGGAAACAGAGAGGGUACAGUGGCUUUCGACUUGUUCCAAGAUUUCAUCAAUGAAUCUUCUGAAGAUUUAAUCGUUUGUUUAGGUAGAUUCAUAGACACUGAGAGGGUCAGUUCAUUCAAGAGUGAAACUUUCCUUGCUGGAGUUGUAAAAGACAAAAGAUAUAUUCCAUUACUUGAAUCCUACUUUCGAUCUCCAUAUUUCGAAUUGAACUCGGUAUUAGAAUUUUUGGAAGUUAUAAAGGAGACAAAUAUCUCGAUAUUAACUGCAACUAAAAUUUCAAGUGUUUUAACAAACGAUUCUGAAAGGAUCAAAACCUUUGUUUCAGUUGUCGUUAGAAAUUGUUUUGAGUCCUACAAAACAUUUUCUGAUAGUACAUUUGCCCUUUGUAUUGAGUUAUUUUGUACGCAUGGUAAAGAGCUCUUAACUCAUGAUGAAGUUGAGAGCUUUUCUAUGUUUAUUACAACAGAAUAUGAAGGUAAAUUUAGUGCUCCCGUUAUUCGUUUCAUUCGUCUGAUGGGUUCUCUUGAAAGUGAACAUAUCAAGAAAUGGUUAAAUAAAAUGACACUAUACAUCACCAGGAUUUUUUCGGAACGAAUUGAGCUAUCUAAAAGGCACCUUGCAAUCCUCUCAGAAUUUAGAGAAUUGAUUGAAGAACAAAACGUUUGCCAGAUAGUCAAUAAAAAUAUUUUGAACUCACAAUUGGAGGUGGUAGCAAAUGGACCUUGGGUUAAAGACCAAAAUGUUCUGAACCACUUCCUACUGUUAUUAUUAGCAGCAGAACCAACUUCCGUUCAUUCUGACAAUAUCUUACAAUGUUUGCUCAAUAAUGAAGACAAUGUUUUAAAUAGGCUUGAGUCUGAUUCCCAUCUCCGCUUCCUAACAGGUAGCCUCACUUUCACUUUAUUUUACAUGGAUAUCAAAUCAAACUCCAAUUCUGUCAUACAGAAAAAGCUGAUGACAUUUUACAAUGGUUCAAUUUCCGCUGAAGAUAGAAUGAUAUUGAAAAUAUUGGAAACGAUUGAAUCGCAGAUCUCCAUUUCAUGGACUAAUUAUAUCUACACAUGGGAUUUUCUCGAAUCAGGGGAAGAUGAAAUGUCUGAUUUUAUUGGGGACAUUAAGCUUCUGACUCAAGAAAAAGAGGGCUAUAUUCUUUCAUUGAGCAAAUGUGGUAUUGAAAACUCAAUUACUAAUUACAAAUUAGAACGUCCUCACUUACCUAACCUAGAAGAAUCUACCAGUUGUGUUGGGAGGUGUAAAUUAUUUGAAAAUUACUAUAAAGAAAGCUGCAGACUUUCUCCUAACGAGGCUUUAAAAACUAUUUAUGACCCAUUAUUUAUAAUUCUGCUGGUUAUUCACAACAAAGAACUGGUUAAACCAUUGAAGGAAGAAGACUCUUCUAUAAAGUACGUGUUUGAUGUGAAAAAGUUGGUAACAUCGGGAUUAUUCCAAUUUAUUGUAUGUGCACUAUCGGAUGAUAAUAGUGAUAUUACUUCAGUCGCUAGUACCCUCUUAAAUCAAAUGCUUAUCUCUUUGGAGGAUAAUCACUCCUUUAAGGAUGGAUCCAUCUUCAAGGUAUUGUUGAAGAAAAUAGAAUUAACAAUUAUGAAGAAUGAAAAUAAUGAAACUACCAUUCCUCCAUUGAUAUGGCUGUUUACAUCCAAAAUAGUAGCCUUAUUGUUACAACCUAGUUCACCGCUUUAUGAAAAGGCAUUCCGUUGGGUUUUGAGUAAACCGUCGCUGUAUCAUAAUGAUAUUCCAAUGUUGCAAGAGCUUACAGCCCAAAUGAAUAAGGACCCUAAUUACGAAAACUAUUACUCCCAACUAUCGUGGGUCUUAGAUGGUUUAGCUGGUAUUAGGACAAAAGCGGACGUAGAUUUGCUAAAAAGCAAAGGUAUCAUAGAGUGGCUAUUUAAUCUCUUAAAUCUUCCAUACCUUAACUCUCGGAUGCGUUCCGCAAUCAAAUCCAUCUACUUUAUUUUACAACGAAUUGAGGGUGGUGGCUCUUCUUUGAUUACAAGGUAUGGGGCCAUUGCCGAUUUAGAAUUGCGGGGAAUCGCAACUAUGAACUCCUUAGGUGAAGCAAGUUUGAAUUUGGAGAGAAAUGUAAACGGGAUGAAUACGAAGAGAAAGUUGUUAUUGGAACAAGAAAUGUUAAAUAAUGAGGAAUUACUGAACAGUUAUGUCGAUAUCAUUAAUUCACAAAAGAGAUUAAGGAAAUGGUGUGAAGACGAUACAGUAGGUAUUACAAAGAGGAUACGUAGAUAG